CGACGAAUGCCGUACCAUCCGGUGAUUACUAAAGAGGUAAUAAGGGUUACAACAAAGGGUCGCACCAGCAUGGUAAUAAAGCCUGACCCUAGGUUUGUGUCAGUAAUUGCUAACCAUACAAUUGAUACUGAAAAUGCGCACUUGGUAGUGCUAGCGUGACUAGUAGCCGGGUUUAAGCGCCGUUAAACGUGACAGCUGCAAAGAAGCUCCAUUAGUGUCUUCACGACGAUUUUGAGAGUCGAACACCGUACUUUCAGCAGUUCUAGUCCGGCGAAGGAUGUCCAUCGGGAGACCGCGGUUGGGUGCAAUGCCUUCACGCAGUAUACUUCUUAUACUGUUGCUGACGGCUCUGCUCUCGGCAAGACUUGCUUAUUCUGAAGACAUGAGCUUGUCCGGCUGGACCUGCUACCUGGAUUCGGAUGGCCCAGCGGGCCUAAUUCUCGGGGACUUUCACGGAAGCCAGAGCGAUUUCGAGGAGGCUCGAGUGUCAGUGGACAUUCAUGUGGGCUCCCUUCGUUCUAACGAUAGUUUAGGUUUGUUCUUUGACGACAUGGACCCCUCAGUGCGAGUGUACUCAAGUGGGAUAGUCAUGUACUUCUACGGCGGUGACGCCCCGGGUGAAGACUGCAUAACGUGGAGCAGCCCGCCACCGUCCCAGACCCCUCCCAGCCCCUCUCCUCCAUCGCCGUCCCCUCCUAGCCCCUCUCCUCCAUCGCCGUCCCCUCCUAGCCCCUCUCCUCCAUCGCCGUCCCCACCUAGCCCCUCUCCUCCAUCGCUGCCCCCACCUAGCCCCUCUCCUCCAUCGCCGCCCCCACCUAGCCCCUCUCCUCCAUCGCCGCCCCCACCUAGCCCCUCUCCUCCAUCGCCGCCCCCUCCCAG